AUGUAUGAGCUAGGGCCUAACGCAGAAUCACUGUUUAAAAAAAAGUUAAAAAACUCAAAAUCUACAAACGACAAUAACAAAACAGGAGUUGAUAUUUAUAAAAAAUCAGCAGUAGAUGACAAAAUUGUGCUAAAAAAAUUGUUUCGGGGUCGAAAUUUUAGCAGAAAAAGAUUUGCUACCGGGCGCAAAUCUAAUAGGAAACUGUUUAAUGAUGAACAAUUAUUUUCAGCAAAUUUUGUUGGCAAUUCAUGCUCAGCCACUGAUAAACUAAAAUUUUCAAUCAGUUCGAAAGACGUUACGAAUGUUUUCGACUAUACGGAGAACAAUUUCGUUAUAAAUUCUUCCGCAUAUCAACAGUUGGAUCACAAAGAUUCUUCUAGUAAUUUUCAAACAGAAGCAGCAAACUUCUCAAAAGUCGAAUUGAACAUAGAUCGGUUAGCUGAUAACAUUCUUCACAAUCUUUUCAAUUCAUCUUCCUCCAACGAUAACACCCUCGCCACAUCUAUCGCCAACAUCUUCAACAGCUCUUAUAAAUUGUCCAUCUCAGAAAUUCAAAAUCUGCUUCUAUUAACUAUAAAAAAAUUUACCGAUUCCAAAGAGUUUGGUCCAGAUUCAUCUGCAAAACAUUUGGAAGACUUGAAAAAGUUGUAUGAACUUCAUGGAAAAAAAGAUUUCAAUCCAGAUUCAGAUAUUUUAAAAUUAAUUAAUGAUAUCUACUAUUCCAAACUCAACUUUGAUCGCGCAACAAAUGUUCAGUACAAUUCCUCAGGAUAUUCGAAUGCAGAUUUUAAUUUUGAACAAGGAGUAACAAAACGACCCAGAUUUUACAAACCGAGAUCCUUCCCCAAAUUCAUAAAAGCGAAGAAACAAGUUUUGCAGAAGCGCAGUCACAAACGUUUCAUCGGCUUGCAAAUCAGCAAACUUCAAUCGCAGUCGACCAUCCAGAGAUCGAGUAAAAUUAGACGGAGAACCAUGACGACGAGUGUUUGUACCGGAAGUAAGUUGAGUUCGUUUAAGAAGAAAUCAAAUACUGAAAAGUUGAGGCCGCUAUCCGAUCUCAAAUUCAGCAUCUUCAAGGCAAUCUCAGUUGAAAAAAAUCUUUGUAAAGUGAAUGAAGAACUGGAAAGAACAUGCAAAAAGACGGCGGAACUGUUGAGAAUGAACCGCCUGAAGUACGUGAGCGAGGAACAAAGGAAGUCAAAGACGGGAAGGAGGUCUCUUACAAGGAAAAAGUUUUCACAUUCCACGAAGAGACCAGAAAAUUUUGAAGUGAAAUUAGGCCCUCCAUCUCUGAAGGGCCUAAGGAAAAGUUCCGGCAACAACAAUAGCGGGUGGUAUAAAAAUGAUACAAAAACAUUUCUAAGCGGUCGUAAACAUUUCGCGAGUUUCUCCCGCGACACAGCAGGGGGUUCGCAUCGAAGUUGGACUCAAAACGAGGAAACAAAAUCUGUGAAGAAGGAGGUCGUAAGUGCAGGUAAGAAGAACACGUCAACAAAAACCAGCAAAGGAGCAACGAUUGAAAAACCAAAAAAGAAUCUCAGUAGCGCUAACUCUUUGAAGGACCAUAAAAAAAUUUCUACCUCUUCGACAUCACAACCUCGAGGCACUUGCCACAACGACAACUGGUUCGUUAUUUACGAUAAGUGCAAGUCUCCGCUCACCAAAGCUAAACAUUCUUCAAACAUUGAUCAACCCAAACCUUAA